AUCUAUUAGAGCUAACGGGUACUAACAAUAUCCCGACCCAUGCGAUCCUAUGCGGAAACUUCAACGGACAUCAUCCCGCAUGGGGAUCUUCCAGACAAAAUGGAGUGGGAAAGAGUGAGGUCAUAUUUUCCUCUUCAUUCAGAAUACUAAACGACGGACAGGCUACCAGGAUUUCGGUGAACUCUGAACAUAAAAGCACACCUGACCUCUCUCUCUCUAAGAUUGAUUUCAUGGAAAUAGAUUGGAACAUUUGUGAGAAAGUGAUGGGCAGCGAUCACUUUCCCAUUAUAAUAGAUCUAUAUAACCCACGGAAAAAUUUGGCUCUUAACCACGGCGAAGACCUCUCCCCCAAAAGAAAAAAAGGUAAAUUGAUACUCAAAGAUUUCGACACUAAAAAAUACGCCAAAUUAUGGCAUGAGACAAAAUUAGACCUCAACAAAGACAGCCUCACGGGAGCAGAAGCUUAUACACUCUGGUACCAAAACAUGCUAAACUGUCUCCUUAAAACUGGAGCCACUAUAAUAAGUGAACAAAAUAUCAAACAGGUUUUUGAUCCCGCAAAAUUGCCGUCAGUCUUUCACAAUCCGGGAAACGACAACAACAGUAAGAUCAAAAAUAGUCCUGGCAGAGACCUGAUCAGUUACCACAUCCUAAAAAAUUCGCCUCAUGAGGCAAUUGCUUACCUAACAGAGUACUUUAACAAAAUUAUCCGAGACAGAUCGUUCCCUUCUCAAUGGCAUGACUUCUCGAUUACACUGAUUAAAAAACCGAACAACAACAGUUAUAGACCUAUCGCUUUAGCUUCAUGUACACUAAAAAUAUUAGAAAAACUAAUCAAGAUAAGAUUGGAGAGACUCGUGGAAUUGGACUUUGUUCUACCAAAGUGUCAGUUCGGAUUCAGAAGAGGAAGAUCCUGCGACAACUGUCUAGCACUCUUAAACCUUGAAAUAUACAAAGCCUUCUCAGAGAACAAAACAACCGGCGGUUUAUUUUUAGACAUUAAAGGGGCUUACGACAACAUCAACCCAACAAUACUAAUAGAAAUCAUAAAUAAAUUACGAUUACCUAGGGGAUAUAAAUCAUUCAUCAGCAACUUACUAAGCCCCAGAUCUGUUAACUUCUAUUCGGAGGGGAGAUUCUAUGGCACUAGAACCAUUUUUAAGGGAGUCCCGCAGAGUAUCGUUCUAAGUUCUUUACUUUUCAAUAUCUAUGUAAAAGACAUUCUACAUUUUGUACCUCAUAAUUGCAAAACCAUACAAUUUGCAGAUGAUGUAGCUAUCCUGUGCUCUGAUAAGGCACCAAUAACGAUCCAAACCACAUUGACGAAGGCCUUUUCUAAUCUACAUAAAUGGUUGGACUCUAUUGGAUUAACACUAUCUACAACCAAGACCCAACUUUGUUUCUUUCACAGGAAACGUAACACGACAAUUCCUUCAAACAUUACGGUAUCUGGUGGCUCCAUAAAUAAUAAAUUGCAGAUCAAAUACCUAGGGAUAUACUUGGAUUCUGGCCACAGGUGGAGAUCUCAUUUGGCAGCGGCAAAGAUUAAGGCAGUUAAAACUCAAGCCCUCUGGGGCGCCAUCUGGUACAACAGCUCAUGCAAAACCCAUCUGAAGAUAAAUGACAACUUAUUGGGAUCAGCAUAUAAAAUAACAUUGGGAUUACCCAGAUUCACCUCUACCAAAGUAGGAUGGGCCAUAUCCAAUCAAUGGUCAACACUGUCUCCACACAAUGUGGAAUAUCAUGAGAUUGAUAUAGACUACAAAUCUGGUCUAGCAGCUCUCUCCGCGGGAACGUCAGAGGAUAUUAACUUGAUAUUUGAUUGCGGGGUCUCCAGUCGGAGAUCCUGUGACGAUGAAAUAGAUAUUUACACGGACGGAUCUAGAUCUGGCCUUGCGGAGGGCAGGAACAUUAACUCGAAUCUUCCUCAAGAUAAUUUCUCGGUGGGCUAUUCCAUUCAUAUCCCCUCGCAUAACCUAAAUUACAAAUUCAAAAUCAACGCUAUAUCAUCCUCCUUUAGAGCGGAGGCCCUUGCAAUCUACAAAUCCAUAGAAACAGCUAUUGAUUUGGGGAUCAAAGCUAUCAACAUUUGCACGGAUUCAAAAAGUACUCUGGAUGCUCUGGAAUCCUGCGUAGAGAAUAAAUAUAAAUCACACAUUAAAAUGUUGGAUCCGACUAUUCAAGAUCUUUACCUUUUCAUUCUAACAUGCCGAAAGAGGGAAUUAUUGUCGGUCACAUUUACAUGGUGUCCUGCGCAUAAGGGCAUAACGGAGAACAAGAGGGCCGACAAGCUGGCCAAGGAAGGAUCACACAAUGGUGCGUUAUUGAAAAACAGGAUCUCCUCUGGAGAGUGUAUGAGCUGCCUAACAAAAAAAUAUAAAUCUAUAGAUACAGAACACUUUAUGGCUACCUAUGACAAUUCUGGCAAAUACUAUUUUCAAUAUUUUAGCGAUAUUAACCCCAGAAGACUUUUGAAAUACAAACUAGACAGGGUUUCCUUCGGCAGGCUGACGAGAAUAAUUUCUAACUCGUGCUUCUCUGAAGAGAUACUGUACAGAAUCGAUAGAGCGAAGUCUCCCGCAUGCCCAUGCGGAUUUGAGAAUCAAAACGUUAACCACAUUUUUGGGCUUGCCUUUUAA